UAGUAUUGCUUGCUGCCGACUAAACAUAACGCAACACUGAUAUUUUCAAUCACUCAAUUACUGUGUUUAAGACAUAAAGCCUGGUCUUUCUGAUGUAAACAAAAUAGCUAAUGUUUUUGUCGUAUGAUAAUUUUCCAUUUUCUGUCACUUAUUUGCUUUGCAUUGCGUGGAACAUAAUAUUUAUUUCAAACACAUACAACUCAAUCUUAUCAAGAUGCAAAUAGUGUAAGUGAGCUAUUGGACUAGAAAACGCAUAGGCAAUCUAACAGAAUGUAUAUUAAUACACCACAGUAUCGUGUUAGCUCUUGAAAAGAACUGAUCGACGAUGAAGCGUGUCUGUUUUGUUGUACUAUGUGGUCUAGUGAAGUUAAUUACAGCAAGGCUGUAUCCGGUUGGUUCAGGGAUUGAGGAAGAUAUCCCUGAAAAUACUUUCAUGCCAAAUGAACGUACUACUCUCGACGAUUGUCACUUAAGGUACUACGUAUAUGGAGGCAGGGGUUUAGUAGGACCAGCUUUUGCCCAACCAGCAUUUCUAACCGAAUUUGCACACAUUGGUGCAAUCGGAUGGACUCAACAGGAUGGGACGAUCGUAUGGGCCUGCGGUGGAUCAUUGAUAUGGAACAACUACGUUAUUACGGCCGCUCACUGCACGGCAAAUGAUGAGAAUAUCCCUCCCGAUGUAGUUCGUUUUGGUGAUCUUAACAUAUAUAGUGCUGAUGAUGAUACGUACGCACAACAGAUCACGAUCGUAAAUAUAUUUCGUCAUCCGAAGUACCUGUUUAGUUCAAAAUACUACGAUAUAGCACUGCUACAAUUGGAGCACAAUAUCACUGUCCACGAAACAGUAGCGCCCGCUUGUCUCUGGUUAGAUCAAGAAGUACGAUUUAAACAGCUCGAAUCUGCCGGUUGGGGACAAACAGGGUUUGGAGAAUCAAAAACACCAGUUUUGCUCAAAGUUACAUUGAAACCGAUUAGCAAUGAAAACUGCUCGGAAAACUACACCCCUGCAACCAUUCGAGGUUUGCGCAAAGGACUUGAUGAGCAUCAUAUUUGUGCCGGUGACGAAAAGAUGGAUACCUGUCUGGGUGAUUCUGGAGGACCUUUACACAUACGACUGCAGCACAAUGGCAAGGUGACGCCCUUUCUAGUAGGUCUGACAUCAUUUGGACGACCUUGUGGACAAUCCCAUCCCGGUGUGUACACCCGAAUUGCACCAUUUCGAUCCUGGAUUCUGGAAACGCUUCAAUCGAAUGGCGCUCCGGAGAUAACAGAUAGCCAAUUCGAACCAGCAGACUGCGCGUUACGAUACGUCGCGAUACGACAGCUCGCAAUAUCGAAUGUUGUAACAAAUGGAACAGGCGUGUACGAGUCUUUCAAUCCGCAGCGUUCCUACAUUACGACGGACUUUAUGAAGGAGAUAGUAGAAUUAAAAUGGCCUGAUUCUAUCAUGCCGCAGAAAACCACUUGCAUGGGUGCCAUCAUCGAUCAUGACACAGUGGUAAUAUUAGGUGAUUGUGCAUCACACGCAGGUGUGAAACCUAGCCAUGUGAUUCAUUAUGCAAGGACCGGAUAUUCCUAUGAUGCAGUGGAGGAAAUGAAAUAUACUGUGACGGAGGUGUACGUGCAUCCGAAUUACACCAAAGGUUCAUAUUACAAUAACAUCGCGGUGUUGAAGAUCAACGGAUCGUUUAACGUUUUACCGGCUUGCAUUUGGAAUGCUGCGGAAUUACCACAUCCAGAAAUAGAAAUGUCAACAGUCGGUCGGGUUGAUCUGAAUGUGUAUCAGUAUAAAGAUAAAACCAUACAUAAUUCUAGCAGCAUGCGACUAACUUCCACAGUUUAUGCAUAUGACAAUAACAACUGUUCACUGCCAACCCAAUACCUUGUGAAGCUCGAACAAGGACUCCUACAUCAACAUUUGUGUUUUGGUAACGACCCGUUUCUGGUACCUCAGGUGUGUGAACUCACCAGUGGAGGUCCUCUGCAGCGUACGGUAGUUAGACUACAACGUUUCUUUACACAUGUUUAUGGAAUCAGUCUUUUUGGGCGAGAUUGCGGUUUCGGUGAGCCAGCUGUAGCUGUUCGUCUGCAUGCCCAUAUGGAUUGGUUGGAGUCAGUGCUGCUCCCCAACAGAUCACUUAUAGAUAAAACCCCCACAAAAGAUGCUGUCCUGUUCAUCAACUCUGAUCUUGAGCUGUUCGAUAGGUGUGAUUUUUAUGAUGGUUCGGUAGGACUUUGUGUCCCCGUGGAGCAUUGUAGAGGAGUGCGGAACCGUGUGAAUCGACAGGAAGGAUUGUUAUUCUGUACGAAUGGCACUGUUGUGUGUUGUUUGCCAAAAGACGUCAUGGAUGAUGAACAGCGCUUGCACGAUGAAGAUCAACAGAUUGAGGAUUGCGAAAAUCGGUACGAACCAUUCCGCCGACGCAACUUCAUUGGUGCUUCACAGAAAACUGAUGUUCAACCGCACAUUGUGGAUGUUGUUUGGAUGGAUGAAAGGAGUGGUGAUUCGCACAUGUUAUGUCUGGGAUAUCUGAUUACAACGAGCACUGCAAUAACAAGUGCUGCUUGCACUCUGAUAGAAAACCGCAAACCCAAUUUUCUAACGCUGGGCUCUAUCCGCAGUCAAUACGAAGAUCCCUCCAUUCGAGCGCGAAUUAAAAGCAUCAUCUCUCAUCCUCAGUAUAAUUCUAUCACAGAGACGAAUAAUCUCGCACUGUUGAAGCUGUUCGAGGCGAUACAACCUACGGCAGCUGUCUUUCCAGGAUGUUUGUGGAGAAAUGAAACCCACACGCCGUUGGUUUCGACAAUACAUUCCGUUGUUAAAUCACAACUGCGACGAGAAAGCGUACAUCCCAUGUACACUUCUCAUUGUGAGCGGAUUAUGAAGGUCAAGUUGCAUGCUGGAGAAUACUGCACGCUUGUUGACAAAUCAAUAUCAUCUGACUGUCCCAACUCUGGCGAUCCUAUUGUGUGGCACGGAAAAGGAAGCGAUGCAGCACCUGUCGGGUACUUGGUAGGCAUCUUCAGUAAAACUAAUUGUGGAACUGACGAUCUGUUCUUCAAUACCCGUAUCUCAGUAUACGUUUCUUGGAUAAUAGAUAACUUGCGAUAGUUUAAAAAAAAUUAACCUUAGAAGGUUUUAAUGUUACCCAGGUAAUCAUGUUAUUUUUUCUUCCGACUCAUAAAUACACAUAUAUACGAAAAAAAAACAACAUAAAUUUUUGUUGCUAGGAUCGCUGGCUGUUACCCAUAACAUGACUUUGGGUUUUGUACUCAUAAAUCGACCUGGGUUUUGCCUACUUACCUACAUCAUAAGCAGAUCAAAGUGAAGCAAAACAAUAAAAGAAUUCCCUGGUGAAUUCCCAGCUAUCUCGCCCGCAAA